AUGUCUGCAGUAAUUCGCCAAGCCCAGAGAUCAGCUCGUGGCAUUUGGCCCAGACGUUGUUCUCCUCAGCCUGGGAUUCCCACGGCACUUUGCAAAGCAGCGCUCAGCACCACAGUAAGCAAGGCCCGCCCUGGGUCCGGUACAAACGAUACGCAGCAGUUCGACGUGGUGGUAAUAGGAUCCGGCUGCGCUGGUCUCACCGCUGCCGUUGUCGCUGCCAAACAUGGUCUUCGAACCCUUGUGCUUGAGAAGAGCAACUUCUUCGGCGGCACAACAGCAUUCUCGGGUGGAGGAGCUUGGAUCCCUAAUAAUGUGCACCAGAAGACGAUCAACGUGGUGGAUAGUCGAGAAUCUGCUGAGAAGUAUCUGCGAAACGUCCUUGGGGACCUGUAUGACCACGACAUGAUUGCAUCCUUCCUCCAGAACGCCCCCAUCAUGCUGCAAUGGAUGCAGACCCAUACAUCCGUCCGGUUCAAGCCUGUGGCACUUCCGGACUACCAUGUGGGAAAGGACGGCGCGAGCGUUGGCCGGACCAUCCUCACGCAAGAGUACGACGGACGAAAGCUUGGCAGACAAAGGUUGCGGAGCAUCAGAUACACUCUGCAAGGCUACCAUGCCUUCGGAUCGAUGCAGGCUGAUCCUGCCGAGCUGCCAGUGCUGUCGAACCCGUUCCAGAGCAUGUCUAACUUGGCGGCAAGCAUGCGCAAAAUCACUAGAUUUGGUUUGGACAUGUUGCUGUACGGGAAAGGGUCCGAGAUGGCCAACGGCAAUGCCCUCGUCGGCCGGUUGGUAAAGAGUUGCGAUGACGCGGGAGUUGAGCUACGGGAAAGUUCUCCGGUGACCCAGUUGAAGCGACUGGACGCCACGGGCGCCUUCAGUGUCAUGACCCAAGACUCGCAGGGCCAUGCCAAGGAGUUCGUGGCGACAAAGGGAGUGAUUCUCGCCAGCGGUGGAUUUGGAAGAUCCAAGGAGGCGCGAGCGUAUCUUCCCCAUGACUGGAGUGUACAGCCGAAAGGAAACGUCGGUGAUGGGCAGCGGAUGGGCAGAGAGGUCGGGGCUGCGAUCCCACCUCCAAAUCCCAAGAACGGUGUCUUUGCUCCAGUGUCCCUGCUGCGGACAAGAAGCGGCCAAGUUCGACGGUAUCCGCACUUCUCCAUCGACCGGACUAAGCCAGGCUCCAUCAUCAUCAACACGGACGGGCGGCGCUUCGCCAACGAGGCCGAGCCGUACCAGGAGUUUGUCCAGACUAUGCACGAGCAGGGAAUAAAAAAGGCAUUUCUUGUCGCCGACAGCCGAUUCUUGAGACGCUACGGAAUGGGCAUGGCUCUCCCAUGGCCCAUGUCCCCUCGCUCCUUGAUUGCGCAAGGUUAUCUCGUCAAGGCUGGGACGCUGCACGAGUUGGCAGACAAGAUUCAAGUGCCACCUGAGGCGCUGCAAGACACUGUGGCAAGAUGCAACGACAACGCCGCCAAGGGGCUCGAUCCUGAGUUUGGAAAGGGUCAAUCCUCCUACGAUCUCUUCUACGGCGACCCGUCUGCAGGUUUCCCCAACCCAAGCCUUGGAACCUGCAUCCAACCACCUUUCUAUGCUCUGACUCUCUACCCCGGAAACGUCUGUUCCACUUAUGGUCUGCAGGCCAAUGCGCAAGCCCAAGUUCUUGACACAUCCAACAAGGUUAUUCCGGGGCUAUAUGCCGUGGGAUUGGAUGCUAACUCCAUCAUGCGCGGCGAGUACCCUGGAGGAGGAUCGAGUAUCGGCCCAGCCAUGACGUUUGGUUAUAUCGCAGGGAUGAGUUUGGCUGGUAAAUAA